AUGUCGUAUCGAGGCGCGUACAGCGCGGAAGGGCUCACGUCGAGACCCGCGGCGAGCGGCGGGGAGGUCCAACUCAACAUGCCGUCCGCGAGCGACUUCGACGUGGACGACGAAGUCGAGAAGCUGCACGGGAAGGUCAGCAUGCUCAAGCAGAUGACCGGGGCGAUACACGAGGAGUCUGGCAUACGCGGGAAGCUCAUAGACCAGCUAGAGGAGACGAUGUCGCAAGCCGGGGAGGCGCUGAAAGUCGCGCAGAAGGAGAUGAAGAAGGCGUUCAAGUCUGGGAGUUCGUGGCACCUGUGCGUGCUCAUGAUGUUUUGCCUCGCGCUCUUCCUCGGGUUUUACGUGCUGUAUCGCAUGGGGAAGUUCAUACGGUUCUUCACGGGAUGA